GGUUUGAAAAGGAUUUUCUCACAGGCCUAGUUUUUCUGCUUGCAUCCCUUGCUGUGCUGUUAGCUUCGUUGUUGCUUAGAAUAUAUAUACAAUUUAAUACAAAUAAAAAAGGCAUAUUAGUUGUAUAAUUGACCCGAAAUAAAAAAUGAUGGCGGAGAGCAAAGCCGAACCCAGCACGAUUUCCGUGACCACAGCUCCGUCCUACAACACCGCACCCAAAAGCGGAGUGGGAAUCUCGCUAAACAUGGGGUACUUCCGCACAGGACCUGGCAUUGUCAAGCUUGUGCAGCUGUUCAUCGCGAUCCUGUGCAUGGCGUGCGCGGCGCCUGCGUGGACGAAUGGCACGCACUGGUUUCUGUUCGUGGUGGUGACGGCGUUCGUUGCCACGUCGCUGUGGUGCUUCAUCUACCUCCUCAGCCUCAGGGAGGCCAUCAACCUGCCCAUUGACUGGCUCCUCACGGAGCUCAUUCUAACGGCCCUGUUUGCAGUGCUUUACAUAAUAGCUAGCAUUGUGCAAAUAACGAGCAGCGUGACAAAACCACGGCCACCCGUGCGGCUGCAACCCUUCUACAUAACUGCUGGGGUGUUCGGAGUGUUCAACAUGCUGGCGUACACGCUGGGGUCUUUCUUCCUCUACAGAGACUGGAAAGACUCGCACCCCAACUCGUCUUUCUCAGGGUCUGUCCUCAAGAGGAACCCAUAGACCACAACGAAGAGUCUCGUUUGGAGCCACGUUAAUCACAGAACUUGUUUGAAUUAUUUAUGUCUGUCUCUGUUCGAAACGAUGGAGUUUUUUUAUAUAAAUCUAAAUAUUGUAACCCCAAUGUUAGCCAAGGGAGUACAAUAUUUACACGCUUGAAUAUCGUUCAGUUAUUGUUUCGAGUUCUUUUAGUAAAUUAAGACGCAAGUUAAUGACUUUAUAUGUAGAAUCCGCUGUUUUAAAUCUUCUUGAAAAUGUUUAGACGAGCGAUCAGCACGUUAGGCUAACCAAAAAUCUAAUUAGUUAUCAUUCAAGAAUUCCCUAUUACAGCGCACGUGAAGAAGAAUUCAGAAGCAAUUAGCAAGCCUGUGCUCUGCAUAAAAUGAACUCGCAGGCUAAUUUGUAAAAAAAAAUAUUUUAAAACAGAAUCCCAGAAAUCAGUUGUGUUUU